AUGGCCGCAGCAUUAGAAGAUCGCUUUGCAGCGCUCGCUGUUGCCUCCACGGCUAACAACGAGAACCAACGAGUGCAGACAGCGACUUCAUCCAGAUCAGGGAUACCACUUUUCGGCUCAUCGACUAUCAGCAAGAAUGAGAGUACUGUCGCCUUGACCCAGCGACCAGCUUCCACAAAACCCAGGUCUGAAAAACAGCAACAACAGGAUCAAUCACAGCAAGUUGCGAACAUCGUCCGGCAACCAUCUGCGCGAAGUUUCCAUCUGGGCAUGUUUGAAAUCGGCAAGCCACUAGGGAAGGGGAAAUUCGGUCGCGUAUACCUCGCGCGUGAACGUGCGAACGGCUUCGUAUGUGCGCUCAAGGUGCUCCACAAGAGCGAACUCCAGCAGGGCCGAGUUGAAAAACAGGUCCAGCGCGAAAUUGAGAUUCAGAGUAAUCUGCGGCAUCCCAAUAUCCUCAAGCUCUACGGCCAUUUCCACGACAGCAAGCGAAUUUUCUUGAUUCUUGAGUUCGCUGGUCAAGGCGAGCUCUACAAGCAUUUGCAAAAGGCGCGUCGAUUUCCUGAAAAGCGCGCCGCUCAGUACAUCGCACAGAUGGCUAGCGCGUUGCGGUAUAUCCAUCGCAAGCACAUAAUUCAUCGCGAUAUCAAACCAGAGAAUAUCCUUCUAGGACUUCAUGGCGAAAUCAAAUUGUCCGAUUUCGGCUGGAGCGUACAUGCGCCUGGUAAUCGACGAACGACCUACUGUGGUACGCUGGACUACCUGCCACCAGAGAUGAUUGUGCCUCGCACUCCGGGCAAGUCGUAUGACGACAAAGUGGACCUGUGGGCGCUUGGCGUACUCGCGUACGAGCUCCUUGUUGGUGAAGCGCCAUUCGAAGACGCGCCCGCUAUGACCACAAGGAAAAUUGCACGGGGAGACAUGAAAGUUCCCGGGUUCGUGAGCGCAGAGGCGACGGACCUCAUUAAAAAGUUGCUCGUCGUCGACCCUACUAGGAGAAUCAGCCUUGAAGAGGUUGAAACACACCCCUGGAUAUUGAAACACUGCAGUCCCAGCUGA